AAAAAGAUGGAUAUUUCCUAUUUUGCGCACAAUUCACCAAUGAUUUUUGAGCGAAAAGUCUUGCUGUUGUCAACCAGAACUUGCCAGUUAAACUGCUUGCAUGGCACCACACUGUUGCUUCAAAAGUGUUUUUGACGUUCCAUGUCCCAUGAACAGGAUCUUCCUCUAUUACCCACAACAAGCUAAUAUCAUGGUUACACCCUAUGUUUCAAUGCAUCCUUUAUAUUCUGAUCAACUGCGAUUACCUCCACAUGCUGGGAAAACAAGAAAACGUAAAGCAAACUGUUAUAACUGGAAACAGUCAAAAAGAAAGCGACUUAGACAAUCAGGAAAGGAAUAUAUAAAUGUUAGAGGCAAAGUUAUUCAACCAAGAAGUAUUAAAAAUAAAAAAGAUUGUAAAAAUUGUUGCAAGUUUAAGUGUUUUGAGAAGAUUUCAGAAGACGAGAGAAAAAUAUUAUUUAAUGGACUGUGGGGAAUGUCUCAGAUUGAAAAGCAACACUUUUUUAGUAAAACUACUGAACGAUUAGAUAAAAAAAGAUCUCGAACCAAUAAAGUAAGCAAUUCAAGGAGAAAAUAUAAUUAUUUUUACAAUUUCUUUGUUGAUAAUAUCAACCAUCGUGUAUGUAAGGAGUUUUAUUUGUCUACAUUAGACAUCAGCAGCAGGCAAAUAUCAUACUAUCAUGAAAAUAAACUUGAAACUGGUGUUUCUGCCCCAACAAAAUGGGGGAAACAUUGUAAAAAAAAAGUUCUUGAAAUGACUAAACAGAGUAUAGAAAACCAUAUCAACUUGUUUCCACGAGUUGAGUCACAUUAUUGUCAAAGCAUUUCCUGCAAACAAUACUUUGACGGGUCAUUAAAUUUGAAGAAACUUUAUAAUUUGUAUUUAUCAUAUUGCACUCAAUAUGAAGUUUCACGAGCAAAGGCAUGUAUGUACCGCAAUGUUUUUAAUACAAAAUUUAAUAUUGAAUUUCAAAAGCCGAAAAAGGAUCUGUGUGAUACAUGCUACAAAUUUCAAAUUAUUGAAGAUGCAAAUGAAGAGCAAAUCCAAAAGUAUAACAAGCAUAUUGCAUCAAAGAAUGAAACAAAAAUUGAGAGAGAUAAGGAUCGAAAGUUGAACUCCCCUUCCACAACCAUAGUUUGUAUUGAUCUACAAAAUGUCUUGAGCUUGCCAAAAAGUAAUGUGGGAAACUUCUUUUAUAAAAGAAAGCUCAGCUGUUAUAACUUAACAGGUCACUCUUCACUGAACAAAAAAGCAUAUUGUUUAUUAUGGCAUGAAGGUAUGUCAGGUCGUUCUGGUAAUGACAUUGCCAGUGCUGUGAUAUGUAUGCUAAAUAAAGUUUACAAGGAUCUUCCUAAUAUUAAUAAAUUUAUACUUUGGUUUGAUUCUUGCGUUCCACAGAAUAGAAACAGUCAUAUGUCAGCUGCAUUGCGUGAGUUUCUUAUUGAUCAUCCAAAUAUUGAAAUCAUUGAGCAAAAGUAUUGUGAGCCAGGGCACAGCUCUAUUCAGGAAUGUGAUAAUAUACAUAGUCAGAUUGAGAGAUCAUUACAUUCAGCAGAAAUAUUUAGUCCUCUUGGGUUGGUGAAAGCAAUGUUGAAUGUUAACCAACGUAAACCAUUUUUUGCAUACCAAAUGCAAAAAAGCGAUAUUAAAAAUUUUUCAAAAAUUGCUAGUCUUCUGAACUACACAAAAUGUUCCAUACUUUAAUGUUAAAACGCUUGUAUAUAGGUUUAAUGCUCCUGGUCAUGUGUAUUUCAAGACUCAUUUUACAGAUAUUUAUAAAGAGGCACGGCUGUCUAAGCCAAAAAACACACGAUCAUCAGGAAGUAAUCUUGAAGAAUCAUCAAUUCUAUUGGCAUCUUGUUUUCGACAAAAUAUUGAAAUUUCUAGUUACAAGAUAAAAGACAUUGUUUCUAUGUAUCCUUACAUGCCAGCUGUAGAUGUUUGUUUCUAUAAAACAUUAUUUCAGUAGUUGUUUUUUCAACUCUUUAUCCGGAUAUACUUUAUUUGUGUUAUGCACUAUUCAGUUUUAUCUUGUAUAAGGUUCAUUUAAACUGUUCUUAACUUGUUAUUUGUAUUUAUUUUUUAUUUUCAAUAAAUCUUUUUAGAUAAAAGUAAUUUUAUUAUAAAUAAUAUAGCUUUGGUUAAAAUCAGUUUGUUAAAAUUGAAGCUGCCCAUCCUACCAGAAGCAAUAUAUCUAGAAAACUUAUUAAAUGACCAUAUCCAUUUAAAUUUGCCAACUA